CCCCCUGCCAACCCCGUGCUCCGGCUCCACCCUGAUCCCCGGCCCCGCCCCACAUCUCGGCCCCUCCCUGCGUCCCGGCUAGGUCUUGCUCUGCUUGGAGAAGAGCUCCGUUGCACGGGGAACGGUCUGCAGGACCAGGAGCUCCCGUGGCCCGAACCCUCUGGCCCGGGUGGCCGCUGCGGCCCGAACAGCUUGGCGAGGAAAGAUGGCCGCCCUGACGACGGUCGUGGUGGCCGCGGCGGCCACCGCGGUAGCCGGGGCUGUGGCGGGGGCGGGCGCGGCCACCGGGAGCGGCAUGGGAGCAGCGGCGGUGCCGCAACAGAACGAUAGCUGUCUUGGUACUUCAGGUGGGAUUCGUCCUUUUCAGCUUCAAAACUGGAAGCAGAAAGUUAAUCGGACAAAAAAAGCGGAGUUUAUACGCACAGCAGAAAAACUAAAAAAUCAAGUUAUUAACAUAGAAAAAGAUAAACGCAGUCAUUUCUACAACCAAAAAUGUGACUUCAGAAGCGAGCAGAAUAUGCUGGAAGAAUUGGAAAAUAAACUGAUCAACAGCAGGAAAACAGAAAGAGCAAAAAUCCAGCAACAAUUGGCCAAAAUACAUAACAAUGUAAAGAAACUUCAGCAUCAGUUAAAAGAUGUGAAGCCUACACCUGACUUUGUUGAAAAGCUCAGAGAAAUGAUGGAAGAAAUUGAAAAUGCAAUUAAUACUUUCAAAGAAGAGCAGAGAUUGAUGUAUGAAGAGCUUAUUAAAGAAGAGAAAACAACCAAUAAUGAGCUGAGUGCCAUAUCAAGAAAAAUCGACACCUGGGCUUUGGGUCAUUCAGGAGCAGAACGUGCUUGCAGAGCAGCAUCAGGCAAGGUUCCUGUAGACAAAAUGACGCCAAGCACCCUUCCGGAAGAAGUGGUAGAUUUUGAAAACUUCCUUCAGCAGACAGGAGGGCGACAGGGGGGCUGGGACGACUAUGACCACCAGAACUUUGUAAAGGUGAGAAACAAACAUAAAGGGAAACCAGCGUUUAUGGGAGAGGUUCUCGAAAACCUUCCUGCAAGAACACAGGAUGAAGUUCAGCAGCAUGAGAAAUGGUAUCAAACCUUUCUGGCCCUGGAAGAAAGAAAAAAAGAGUCUAUUCAGAACUGGAAAACCAAAAAGCAGCAAAAGAAGGAGGAAAUUUUUAAGUUAAAGGAAAAGGCAGAGAACAUAUCUAUGCUCUUUCACAAUAAAAAAGAUAAUCAAAAGCGAAAAGAGGAACAAAGAAAGAAGCAGAAAUUGGCAGUCGAAGCUUGGAAAAAGCAGAAAAGUAUAGAAAUGUCAGUGAGACGUGCCUCCCAGUUGAAAGAAGAAGAGGAAGAGAAAGAGAAGAAGCGACAGAAAGAGCACCAGCGCCAGUUUAAACUAAAAUUACUACUGGAAAGUUACACCCAGCAGAAGAAGGAACAGGAAGAAUUUCUGAGACUGGAAAAGGAGAUUAGGGAAAAGACAGAAAAGGCAGAAAAAAGGAAAAUGGCUGCUGAGGAGAUUUCCAGGUUUCAAGAGAGAGAUUUACAUAAACUUGAACUGAAAAUUCUAGACAGACAGUCAAAGGAAGAGGAAAAGGCAGAAAAACAAAGAAGACUGGCAAAAUUAAAAGAAAAGGUUGAAAACAACGUUAGUAGAGAUCCCUCUAGGCUUUACAGACCUACCAAAGGUUGGGAGGAAAGGACCAAAAAGACAGGACCCACAGGCUCUGGGCCACUUCUGCAGAUUCCACACAGGGCCAUCCCAACCUGGAGACAAGGAGUUGAGAAAAGAAUAUGAGAUAAUGAAGUUGAUACUCAGUUGAUGAGAAUGUCAACAUACUCAGUCAUACCAGGAGAGAGUCACUAACCAUGUUCUUUCAAUAGCCCUAAACCCAGUCAGAGUGAUAAUUGUGUUGUAUGUGAACCGAUAGGUAUUGAGUUUCAUGCGGCGUUGUCGUAUUUCCUGUUUAUACUAAGAGGGUAUUUCAUGGGUAUGCUGGCCUGUUACUGAUGUAAAAGUUUCCCCAAAUAAGUUGAUGUUACAAACAUUGCUUCAUUUUAAUACUCGGAACAUUUCAAAGAUUCUUUGUUUUCGUCAUGGCAUAGCAAAAUAAACUGGGACAAUCAUAGGGGAACAUUUUUUUUUAAACAAAAAUUUUGUAACAUUUAUAACUUGGAGAUGAAUCAGCUUAAGUAAGAAAAAUGUAAAGGUUUUCCUUUUUUUUUUUUUUUUUUUGGAAAUAAGUUGGUACUUUUCUAAGUUUAAAAAAUUGGCCGUUUGUUCAGUUACUACAUUUUUGUGUAAUAAACAUUUUGUAUUUGUUUGAAGCAUGCUUUGUUUUAUAGAGAAUAUUUAUUUAAAAAAAUAUGCCUCCCCUCAUAUAUAACCUGUUAUUUGUAUUCUUAAUAUCUUUUUGGUUUCCUUUAGCUAUUCCAAAUUUGCCUAAAGGGGAAAAAAGCCUUUCUGGACUUCACACAUUUAUAAAACCUUUGUGUCUUUCA